UUUGUAACGGCUAAAACUGAAAUUUUGCCUUAGAAACCAACUCAAAUUAAGAAGAAAGAAAGAAAGAAAGAAAUAUAUGGACGUGUUUUUCUCAGACGAGUGCUUUUCCGGCGAUGCUUUGUGGUACAGGGAGACCAUUAUUCCGACGACUCGAAGCGCUUUUGAACGGUAUAGAGAAGAACCCAGGAAGGAAUUUAUGCAAAGGAGUUCGAAUAAGAUGAACACCAACAAAAGAAUGAUAGAUUGGUUAAGGAGGAGAAGCUUGAGAAGUAGUAAUACUAAUAACCAAGUUGAUGAACAUGAGAAAGAGAGGUGUUAUAGGCACAUGAUGAAUGAACGUUUGAGAAGAGAGAAGCAAAAACAGAGCUUUUUGGAUUUGCAUUCUAUGCUCCCAAUGGGAACCAAGAAUGAUAAGAAGUCGGUUGUUCAGAUUGCCACCAUGAAAAUUCAGCAACUGGAGAAGUACAAGGAGGAAUUGAAUAGGGAGAAGAUGAAGCUGGAAGAGACAUUAUUUGAGAGAAAUAAUAAUAAUGAUGGCAAUAGUAGUACUGUAAAAGGAGGGACUAAUAAUAAGAUUAAAGUAAGAGUAGCUAACCCAACUUCUGGGGUUGAUCUUAUGGUGGAGGUUCUUAAUUGCUUGAAAAAGUUGGGAUUAAAAGCUAUCAACAUUCGUUCUGAUUUAUCUUCUGAUGAAUUCUAUGCUGAACUUGACAUAGAAACCAAGGUGGGAGCAGCUGAGAUUGAGAAAGCUAUGCAGCAAACACUAUUGGAAGCAGAGUGGAAAAGUCGUUCUUACUUUAUGGAAACUGGCCUUGAUAAUAUAUUUUAAAAGUUUGUUAAUUAACAAAAAUAAAUAAAGGUAUCUAUUUUAUUUUUAUUUUUUAAAAAUAUUUUUUAAUAUUAGUAUAGUUUGUUUAUGGUUUAAUGAGAAAAAGUAGUAAAUGAUUAUUUU